AUGGAAUCAUUUUUAGAAUUAAAUAUACCAUUAAAACUUAGGAAAAACAGAACUCAUCAAUAUAAUGAAUACUCACAAAGGUUAUUCGAAGGUAUUAUGGAAUAUAUAGCCAAGCUACUUACUUAUGAACAUGAAAAUGAAUGCAAACAUAUCUGCAGAAAUAUGAAUUAUUGGAUAGAAGAUAUGAAAGAUGAAUUUAGAGAAAAAAUUUUGCCACAUCAUAAUCAUAAAGAAGAUGAACAAGUAUGGGAUAAAUAUAUUGAAAAUGAAUAUUUGGUUAAACUAAAUCCAAUUAUAGGACAUGUUUGUAAACGAAAACCAAUCCCAUAUAUUAAAAUGGUCAGAAAUAUAAGAAAAAAAUUAGAACAAUGGUGUGACGAAAAAGACGAAAUAUAUAAAGAGUUUGAAAACUCAAAACUAACAAAUAAGGAAAAAUGUGAUUUAUUUAACGAAUGGAAAUAUGAAGAACUGAAUAAAUUUAAAAGUAUUAAAGGAUGGUAUAAAUAUGCAACUAAAAAUAAAUAUAAUGUAGCUUUCACAAUUAACGAUAAAUGUAGUUUAUCUACUUUAUUUAAAAAUGAUUUCGAAUGCGAAAAUAAUAUACGUAAAAAAAAAAAAAAAAAAAAAAAAAAACCAAGAAUUAAAAAUCAGCCUCAAAAAAUAUCAGCUAAUAAAGAUGAUGAGGAUUAUGAAGAUUUUGAAGAUUUUGAAGAUUUUGAAGAUGAUGAAGAUAAUGAAGUUGAUGAAGAUGAUGAAUAUAAUGAAAAUUAUGAAGAUGAUAAAGAUGAUGAAGAAUAUGAUAUAAAUUCAAAGAUAGGUAAACUUCUAAAUCAACAUAUAAAAGACGAUCAAACAAAGAGAGAAAAAACUGAAGUAUAUGAAGGUAAAGGUGGAAAACGUGUAACACAAAAAAAAACCCUAAAACAAAUUCCUCCUAGAUCACCAUAUAAUUUAAAACAAAAAUUACAACCAACACAUAUUUCUUCCGUUCAACCAAGACAUUUAAUAAAAACAACUUCUGCUUCAGAUUCAACUACAACUUCACCAAGCUCUUCUACUCCUCUUACAAGAAGUUCCGUUCAUCCUUCAGUUCCUGCAUUAUCUAGUACAAAAUCAGGUACACAUGAUACACAAUCUGAUACACAAUUAACUAAACCCUCUACUACGACAACUAUAGAACAUACUAUUAGACAUCAUAAUGAACCUUCCACAUCAUAUAAUACUACAGAUAGUGCUACUCCACCCUUUGCAAAACCACAUCCACCUUCUUUAUCUGAAAAAGAAAAUACGAGGGAAAACGAAAAUAGAAACGCAGAUGAUGAAUUUUCUCAAUCAUAUGAACAAAAAACAAAAAACAAAUCAAAAGAUGAAUUAAAAUCUCAAACACCCAAUGAAGCAAAAAAGCUACAAGUGAAUGUUACUAAAUCUACGAAUACCGAAACUUCAGAAAACAAAUCACCAGAAGUAACAAAAUCUCCUAUUCCUAUACUAUCAAGUAGGAUUCAAGAGGAAAAAGAAAAACUAGGAACUGGUGGAGAUAAAUCUAAGGGAUCUAAAAUUAUAUCACCAUAUAGUGCAUCAUAUUAUCUUGGAAAUGUACUUAAUAUAAUUGAAGAUUUUUUAUCAACUUUAUAUUCAGAAGAUAAUACACAAAAAAUAUUAAAAGAUUCUAUUGAUUCAAAAAAUAAUAUUUAUAAUAACUCAAAUAGUCAAGAUGAAAUGUUAAAGAGUACACAAAUUGGAAAGACACAGGAAUCAAUCAUUACGAGUGAUUCUACUAAUGAUGAAACUCAUAAAAAUAAACAAGAGGAGAAAACAAAUGAUAAUGGAAAUAAUAAUCUACAACAAUUACAUGACGGUAAACCACAUGAAGAACCAAUUGAACCUCCUUCAGAUCCAAUAGAAAGAGCCACUUUUAUUGUUCCUCCUCAACAUAAAACUAAAAAAUUAGAUCCUUCAAUAUUUGGAAGAAAAAAAAUGCAAAUAACACCUCCUAUUAUAGGUGUUCCUCCUUCAAUAUUAGAGAAAUAUCCUCACAUACUAGAAAAAUACAAAGGAUAUUCUAAAACUAUACAAGAAGAAGAAUGGGUUGAAGGAAAUAAUGAUGCCUUACCUGUAAGAAAACGUGACGUCAUAGAAAACGAAUUAGUAAUCCAAACUAUUCCACGAGAUGUAAGACAUAUUAUGCCUGAAAAUUAUUAUAACGAAAAACAAAAAUUUCACAAUAAAUUAAAUGAAUAUAGCCUAAGAACUUAUGAUAUUCCAAAAAAUAUUAAUUUACACCUUAAACCAAAUGAUUAUUUGGAAAAUGAAUUUCCUAAAAAUAUAAAUCAUUAUGAUUAUCAAUUAGAACAUUCAAAAAAAUAUAUACCAAAAUAUAUUGAUUUAGAAAAUCCACCAGAACAAAUAAGUGAACCAAAACACAAUCCUAAGAAUAUUUAUAUACUUGGUAAAAAGUUCAAUUAUCCUAUCCCUUUUAAUAAAUUGAAUAAUAUUGAUAAAAAUUCCAAAUUCACAAUUGCAAAAAAUGAUUAUUCAUUAUAUUCUAAUAAUCAGGAUAUUAUUGUCGAAAUACCUAAAUUAACAAAUACAAUUCCUGAGAUUUUAACAAUUCCAGAACAAAACAUAAUAUCCAAUUAUACUAAAAUGGAUAUUGAUAUUCCUCAUGAAAAUUAUGAGUAUAGCUUUUUUAGAAAGCCUAAUAAAAUUGAAAAAAACACUGAUUUCGAAAUUACAAAGAAUACAUCACUAAAUACUAAUAAAGAAGAUAUUAUUGUGGAAAUACCAAAAAUACCAUAUAAUAUUCCUAAAUCCUCAAUGUACCAACAAAAAAAACAACAACCAAAUUAUGCUAAAAAAAGUCUUGAUAUUCCCCUUGAAUAUCCUAGGAAUAUUUUCUUUAAAAAGUUUCAUAAAAUUGAUAAAAUUUCUGAUUUUUCAGUUUCAAAAAAUCCUUUAUUAGAUUCUACUGAUAAUGAAAAUAUUACUAAAACAUCUAAUAGACAAAUAAAUAUUCCCUAUGUCUUAACAUUUCCACAAACAGAAAAUAUGUUAAGGUAUAGUGAUAAAAUUAAUGGUAUUCCGAAUGAGAUUAUUCACAAUCCUUUCUUUUCCCAAACCUUUCAAAAACAAGACACACAACAUAAUAUUAGAAAUCCAAAAACUAUUUCAUUUGAUUUUAAUACUAACAAUACUAUUUUAGAAAAUUCUGAUAUUUCAUUACCUUUAUCUGAUAACGUACAGAUUCCAAAAGCGCAAACUGAUUUUGAAACACAACCCACAACAAUAAAACAAGGUGAACAUCCAGAAGAUGAAACACCCGUUUGUUUUAAAGAUUCUACACAUUCUGAAACAAUAUCAUGUACGUUUGAAGAAUCUUUAAAAUACAAAGAUGUUGUUUAUACGACAAAUCAGAAUCAUUUACAUGAAAAACAAGUUAUGACUAGUAAACCUUCUUUAUUAUCUAAUAUCAAUCCAAAUACAAAAUCAGACAUGUUAAUAUCAACUCCAAUUACUUCACCUAAACAAUUAAAAAGUAAUCGACAUACAUAUGAAAAUGGAGGGAAUAUUCUUAAUAAAGAUAUUCAUAAGGCAGAAUAUAUAUAUAAAAUGCUCGAUUUAACUUCACAAUAUUCAUCUGAAGGUAAUGGUUCUUCCACAUUUCAAGUACAACACAACCCACAAAGUAAUUUUGCUAAAGGUACUUCUAUUAAAUCACAUUCAUAUAAGGAAUCUCCACAAACAUCCACAACAUCAGAUAUUAGAAACGGAGGAACACAUCAAAAUUCACAGUCAUCAUCUUUUAUGGAAACAAAAACAAAUACAUUAUUUCAUAAUACAAGUUCAGAUCUAUCAUCUAGAAAUCAUGAUUAUGCCGAUGCAAAAACUGUUUUUCCAAAACAUCAAUUUUUUUUACAUAACGAAUUACAACAUAAUAUUCUCCAAUUACCUCUUUUUAGCUCGUAUUCUCCAAGAACUUUUAACAUUCCAAACUAUGAACCAGAAAUAACAAUAAAAAAUUCACAUGGAUCAAUAUUUAAUGGAAAUAAUAUACGUAAUGGAACUAGUGGAUCAAACAUGGUUAAUAUUAUGAUCCAGAUAGCCAGUGUUUUUGUGGGUGGUUUUAUGAUAAUGACUGUUUUUAACAAAUGCAACAUUUCCCUAUUUGGGAAUAAAAAAAAAAAAAGAAAACCUGAACCCAUUGUGCCGGAAAAUGAAGUAAUAGAUAUGUGCACAUUUACAGAACUUCAUGAACAUUUUAGACCUAAACAUAUAUCGAAACAUCAUGGAAUUCUUAACAAGAAUAAAGAUUAUAUCACACAUGAAAACACAAAAGACGAAAUGGAUUACAAUUACCAAAGAGAAGAAAUAUUUACAAAUGAUUUACAUGAAUUUGAAGAACAAUUAGAAUAUUCAAAAGUUCAGUAUGAAAAUACAUCUCAAUUUGAUGAAGAAAAAUACAUUAAUAACUUAUAUUUAUUAAAUAAAAAUAAACAAAAUUGGAAAACUAUAAUAGAAACACAUCUUCAUGUAUUAGAACAAUUUAAAAAAGAAGAAUGGGAAAUUUACAAAGGUGAUUUUUUAAAUAUAUGUCUUGAAGAAUUUAUAAAAGAAGAAAGAAAAGAAUAUAUGAAUGAAAUAGAUAAUAUAUUAAUUGUAAAUACAGAUGAACAAUAUAAUAACAUGUGGAGUAUAGAAAAACAAAAAAUUUUAUGGUAUAAGUUGAUAGAGAAAAAUAAGCCUAUUUUAGAAAAAUGGAAAAAGGAAAACAUCUUUGAAAAUUUAAUAAGUGAAUGGAAAAGGGAGCUAGUAAAUAUUGAAUCAACAAAUAUAAUAAAUGAACAAGAAAAUAUAAAUCAGUCCAUUAAUAAAUUCAUUGCUACGAACAAUCCUUUAAUAGAAAAACAAAAAAUUAUAUGGAGAAAAUGGAUUCAGAAACAAAAACUACUCAUAGCAAAUUAUAGACAAGAAGAAUGGUUUAAAAAAUUGAACAAGGAAUAUCAUAUGGAAAAUGAUAUUCAAAUAGAAUCAAUAAAUUUAGAUAUAAAUAAAAAUAAACAAGAAUUACGUGAGUAUUUAAUAAAGAAAAGAUUAAUGACAAUUGUGUUCGUAGGUAUGUAUAUGGUAGUUUUAGAAGAAUAUAUGAAAGACGAAUGUAUACAAAAUAAAGAACUAUUCCUUAAUAAUGGUCAAGAAGAAAUAUUAAACAAACCAAAUACAGAAAUAAAUCUAUCUUUAUUAGAAAUAAUAAAUGAUUCAAAGUUUAAUCUAUGUGAAAAUGAAAAAGAAGGGGAAAAGAAAAAAGAAGAAAUAAAAAUAUAUAAGAAUGAAAAUUGGUUUGUAGAUUUGAAAGAAGAUUGGACUAAAAAGGAAUAUAAAUAUUUAAAUUCUAUAACAGACGAAAGUAUAGAUAAAAAGGAAAGCCUUUUAAUAAACAAUAAAUCAUUAUCCGAUAUACAGAAAUAUGUAUCAAAGAAACAUUGGAAUGAUAUACAAAUGAAAUGGAUAGAUGAGGAUAAUGAAAUCGAUUGGUUAAAAGUAGCUCAAACACAAAUUGUGAAUAAUAAAAAGGAAACCUAUAAAAAACCAAAAGAUAAAAAAAAAAAUAUACAUUAUAAUAAUGUACAAUAUAAUAAUGUACAAUAUAAUAAUAUACAAGAUAAUAAUGUACAAGACAAAAAUUUACAAAAUAUUAAUAUAUCGAAUAAAAAAAAAGUUCAUUACAUAAACAAAAUAGAAGAAAGUGUACAAAAUGUACAAAAUGUACAAAAUAUACCAAAUGUAUCAAAUAUAAAUAUCCAUAAAUUAAAAAAUAUUAUAGAAAUACAUAUGGUAUUAUUAGAAGAUUCCAAAAAUGAAGAAUGGACUUCAAACAAAGGAGAUUUCUUGGAAAUAUGUAUAAACCAAUACAUGAAAGAGGAAGAACAAAAAAACAAAAGCACAAUUGCACAACUCAAUGAAUUAAUGAACCAAAAUAAUAAACAAAUAAUCAUACAAAAUAUAUUAGAUGAAAAUAAUAAAAUAUGCUAUAAAUGGAUAGAAAGAAAUAAAUAUAUUCAAGAAAAAUGGAAAAGUCAAGAAUGGUUUCAUAAAUUGAAAAACAACUGGAAGAUACAAGAAAAUUAUUGUAAAGAAAUUGACGAUGAAACAAAAAUUCUUGAACAAUUAAAAAAAAGAGGAACAAAUAUUAUGCUUGAGAGACAAAAAAUAAUUUGGAAAAAGUGGGUGGCCAAACAUGUAACACAUACAGAAAUAGCAGAACAAGAAGAUACAUUAAAUAAGCUUUUUACUGAAGAAGAAGAAAACAAAUUUGUAAAUGAAAUAGAAAAUUUAAAUAUAACUCAUUUAAGUAAUAAAAAAAACAUAGAUGUAUUAAAAAACUAUAGUAAGAAAAAAUUGUUAACAAUGAUUUGGAUUGAAAUACAUAUGAAAGUUUUAGAAGAACAUAAAAAAGAAGAAAUUUUAGAUAUUAAAAAAAUAUUGUUAGAUGAGUGUAUUAAUCAUAUGAAAAAACAACCAAAUUCAGAAAUUAAUCAAGGUAUAAUAGAAAUGAUUGAUUCGGUGAAAAAUAAUGUAUUAGAUGAUCAAAAAAAAUAUUCUCAUGUGACGAAUGACAUUCAAAAUGAUCAAGCAAGUAAACAAACAAAAUUCCAAUGGAUAAAUGAAGAAUAUACAUCAACACAUAAUUCACAGAAAUAUAAUAUAGCUCACGAAUCUAAACAUAUGAGAGAUAAUAAUACAAUUAAUAUUCAUCAAGGUAUAUUGAUUAAACAUUUAGAUGAUUUACAAUUUAAAUGGAUAGAUGACGAUAAUGAAUACGAUUGGUUAAAAAUAUCUUCAGAUGAAAAUAUAAAUGAUCAAAAAUUUAGUAAAAUCCAGCUCUAUAAAAGUCCUACAGAAAUGAGCAAAACAAUUUAUAAAGGUCAGCAAAAAAAUAUAUCCUACGAAACUAAUAUAUAUAAUGGAUCAUCACAUUCAAAAAACUAUUCUAAAAUAAUACAAUUAAAUGAUAAAAUAUAUUGUGAAGAUUCUCAAUUAUUUUCCAAAACAAUUUCCACAUUUAAUAAUGAAACAAAUAUAAAAGAUACAAAUAAUCAUCUUAAUAACAUAAUACAAGAUACACAAAAUAAUAAAGAGAUUCCUAAUUUUAAACAAAUGGAUUCAUUAAAUAAAUAUAAAUUUACAAACUAUAAAACAUUUAUAGAAAUGCAUCUAACCAUUUUGGAAGAAUGCAUAAAAGAAGAAUGGAGAAAUAUAAGACAACUGUUUUUUGAAACUUCUAUAAAUGAAAUAAAAAAUGAACCGUGGUUUUAUCAAGAUUUUUUUAAUAACGGAAAUAUGAAAGAACAAAAUUAUGACAAUAUAUAUAUUCAAAAUUCUAUAUAUAAUGAGUGGAUAGAAGAGAACAAAAAAUUAUUAGAGAAUUAUAAAAAGAAAGAAUGGUUUAAUAGUUUUAUGCAUGAAUGGAAAGCAGAAUUAAAAACAUAUAAAGUAGAACAAUCACAAAAAGAAGAAAAUAAAAAUACAAAGCAAAUGUAUUAUAAAGAAAUAAUGGACAACAUGAUUGAAAGAAUACAAAAUGAUUUAUAUAUUUUGGAAUCAUCUGAAUAUAAAAAUACAGGAGUAAACCUUUUAAACAUAAACGAAUUCCAGAACCAAAAUAUAUUUGAAAUACAAAAUAUGCAUAAUGAACAAAUUGUAAAUAAUUCAAAUGCCAAAUCAAAAAAUCCUAUGAUAGAUUAUCAAAAUAUGGUGUGGAAAUCAUGGAUUCAAAAACAUAUUAAAAAUAUAAGAGAAGGAAACAAAGAAGAAUCUUUUAACAAAUUAAUUGAAGAACAUAUACAAGGCAGAAAUAUGAACGAAUUAAAAACAUAUACAAUGAACAAAAAGUUGAUAACAAAAAUGUUUGUACAAAUACAUAUGAUGGUAUUAGAAGAAUAUAAAAAAGAAGAAUAUGCAAUCAUGAAAAACAUAUUUUUAGAUACAUGUAUGAAUCACAUAGACAAUCUAGAAUAUUCUAUCAAUGAAAAAAAAUAUAUGUUAGAAAUUCUUAUAGAAAUGAAAAAAAAUAAAUCAACUAAUCAAAAACAUAAACACAUAUUAGAUGAAUAUAAAAAACAUAUUUUAUUUGAAGAACUGAAGAACGAAUGGAAAUAUAGAGAAAAUAAAUAUAGAAAUAUUCUAUCUAAUCAAAAUUUAAUUAAUUCUUAUAAUACUAAACCAAAUAUAAAUAAAAUAUUCGAAAUGCAAACAAAUUUAAUCACCAAACAUAUAAAACAUAUACAUUUAAAAUGGAUUCAAAAUGAAAAAAAAUAG